AACAUUUAGUACAGGAAGAGGGGUUGAGGUGAGGUGGAGAAAUCAUCAGUUAGCUCACUGCUAGCUAUCUCCUGGAGCCGACUGCCGAUGUGUUAUGAGCUUUGUAUCCAAAACCAGUUUAUUAUUUUAGUUUCGAUAGGUGCAACGAUGACCCUCUGACACCAAGAAUGGACAUAAGUUAACAAUGACGGGGGAGAAAAAGAAGAAAAAGCGGCUGAACCGCAGCAUUCUUCUUGCAAAGAAAAUUAUAAUAAAAGAUGGAGGAAGUCCUCAGGGAAUCGGUGAGCCGAGUGUUUACCAUGCUGUGGUGGUCAUCUUCCUGGAGUUUUUUGCAUGGGGUCUUCUUACCACCCCAAUGCUCACGGUAUUACACCAGACAUUCCCACAACACACAUUCCUGAUGAAUGGGCUCAUCCAUGGUGUCAAGGGUUUAUUAUCAUUUCUGAGUGCUCCGCUGAUCGGAGCGUUGUCAGACGUAUGGGGACGCAAAUCUUUCUUGCUGCUAACGGUCUUCUUCACGUGUGCACCCAUUCCACUGAUGAAGAUCAGCCCAUGGUGGUACUUUGCAGUCAUCUCCAUGUCCGGCGUCUUCGCCGUCACCUUCUCUGUGAUCUUCGCCUAUGUGGCCGAUAUCACGCAGGAGCAUGAGAGGAGCACAGCAUACGGUUUGGUUUCGGCUACCUUCGCGGCCAGCCUGGUUACCAGCCCAGCCAUCGGCGCCUACCUGUCCGUUAAAUACGGCGACACCUUAGUGGUGAUCCUGGCCACGGCUAUCGCUCUGCUCGAUAUAUGCUUCAUCCUGGUGGCCGUACCUGAGUCGCUCCCGGAGAAGAUGAGACCAGCAUCAUGGGGAGCACCGAUCUCCUGGGAGCAGGCAGACCCCUUCGCUUCGCUGCGUAAGGUGGGCCAGGACUCCACGGUGCUGCUCAUCUGUAUCACAGUGUUUCUCUCAUACCUCCCUGAGGCCGGCCAGUACUCCAGCUUCUUCCUCUAUCUCAGACAGGUCAUAGGCUUCACAUCAGAGACAGUCGCUGCCUUUAUCGCUGUCGUGGGGAUCCUCUCAAUACUAGCCCAGACGGUGGUGUUGGGGAUCCUGAUGCGGUCCAUCGGGAACAAGAACACAAUCCUGCUCGGCCUCGGCUUCCAGAUCCUCCAGCUGGCGUGGUACGGCUUCGGCUCUCAGCCCUGGAUGAUGUGGGCUGCUGGAGCGGUUGCAGCCAUGUCCAGCAUCACCUUCCCCGCCAUCAGCGCCAUCGUGUCCCGUAAUGCAGACCCCGACCAACAAGGAGUCGUCCAGGGGAUGAUUACUGGAAUCCGGGGCCUCUGUAACGGUUUGGGCCCCGCUCUUUACGGUUUCGUCUUCUACCUGUUCCACGUGGAGCUGACCGACACGGACGGCUCAGAGAAAGGUGUCAAAUCCAACAUGGCCAACCCCACUGAUGAGAGUUCCAUCAUCCCCGGUCCUCCCUUCCUGUUUGGUGCAUGCUCAGUGCUGCUGUCCUUGCUGGUGGCCCUGUUCAUCCCGGAGCACACGGGGCCCGGCAUGAGGCCCGGGGCCUACAAGAAGCACAGCAACGGGGCGCAGAGUCACUCCCACAGCCCUCAGGGCAGCGGGGCCGAGGGCAAGGAGCCGCUGCUGGAGGACAGCAGCGUAUAACCACAGCUAAGGGGGGCAGAGAGCGCUCCAACCAAACACCCCUGCACACACGGACUGAUACACACAUUUCACCACAUGGACACACACUCACCUCAGGCACACAUCAGACUCAAGUGCCACGAAGAAGUGUUUGUGUCCACGGCACAAAAAGUGGGCACCCCUAACUUAGCAUCCCUUUUCUUUUUUAAAGAAAGUGUGAAGACUCAAAACGCCCUGUAUAAAGAGAGAGUGUGUCGAGGAUUUUUUUUGGGCUGCAGUGCAAAGGUGUGUGACUUGACUGAGCUGGACUCUAAUCCUCAGUUGAAAUUAAAGCAGUGAAAGAGUGAGCAACAGCUUGCCCCCCCCCCUUCUCCUCUCCUCUCCUCUCCUAGUGCAAAACCAACCGAAGGUAUUUGGUUUUUGGGACUGGGGUGAAAUGUUACUAAAUCCCUGUGUGAUAAUUCAUAUUCCUCUGAAGCCAGUGAAGUGGCAACUUUGCUUGUCCAACGAGGGUUUAACAAACAGUUAGUAGUGGAGCACUUGUCUAAUGGUUUUUCACGAGCCAACCUCUGAUUGGAUGCUUGUGAAUGCAGCUCUGUUGAAGCCUCGCAGAAGGGAAGUCAGAUCUUCCUCUGAAUGCACAGCAGAUACCUGCGAGGGGAGUCUCUGCAAACCCGUGUUGGGAGUGGCGCUGCCUAAUCAAGGCCAGGAUGGGUCAACCAGUUCAGAUAUAAAAAGCUUCGUAAGACCACACUUUGUCAAAACAUCACACUUCUUACAGAGAGAAGUUUGUGAGAGACCACUUUAUUAGCAGAAACUGUUUCUCAAUGUUUACUUGCCAUUCUCUAGGUAGUAGUACAGUUUGGGUUGUAUAUUUUCUCUGUUGGAAACUGAAGGCUAGUUGUGCUUCAAGUUUUUAUUCAAGAAACAAAUGUUGCCUCGAAGUGACUUAAUAUAUAUAUAUAUAUAUAAAUAUAUAUAUUAAUUACGUAACCUGUAUGAAGACCGAUGUCUGAGAAGGCUCUGUAAUCUUUACGCUAUCGCUCCCAUCGGAGCCGUUACACACUUUUUAUUCCUCCUGUUUUCACGCCCUCUCGUUAAUUUGUUUCUGGACAUUUAUCACCAUCAUGGUUAAGGCUUGCAAAAUUUCAUAAGCUUCUGGAACAUUUGUAGCUAGAGAGGGGUUGCUAUCAGGAUGUCAGUGUUGGCACUGACUGUUAAUACGGAGUCUUUGAAUUAAUAUCAUUAGGUUAAACAGAAUAUCACUCGUGCUGCUGCAGUAGAUAAUUCAAAGGUAAAGUGCGAUGUAAUGAACAAUGAAAUGGUUUCACAGAAUCCCUGGCAUUAAAUACAAACCAUUAACAGGCACUGCACAUUUCUCAGACUAUAGUGAACAGGUGGUUAACAUUUCAGAAGUGAAGCAACUCAAGGUACUGGCUUUAACUCUCAAUUGAGUUAGAAUCCAGAGUAAGGGAGCCAGUUGGUUUUCUGACCGGUUUUGUGAACUUUAACAUGCACCACUGAUACGAGUAGUGUUGCCCCCUACUGCUCAGAGUUUAGCAGAUGUUACAGCUGGAGAUUCCUUCUUUUUAAAAGCUGAUGUUUGGUGUUUUUAAGGUUUAAAAAUGUCCACAAAAAACAUGUUAACUGUGAUAAAGUAAAAGUAUUCCAUCAUAAAGUGUUUUCAAGAAUCAAUAUCCAAUUUAUUCCUUCAUAGAAGCAUGGAAACACACAUCCUAGUAAACCAAUGCAAAUUACUCAAAUAUAGAAAAGAAAAACAACAUAAAACUACAAGACAUGAGAAAGAAAAUAACCUGUCGAAGGGAAUUAGUGUUUUGAGACUUCCUUCUACCCUCUAGUAUACAUUAAAAUUAAGCAGCCUGUGUUUUAAAUCCAUUCCAUGGUCAAUGCCUCACCCUCCAUUGCACAUCAGCAUAUAUCUCUGCUGUUACCGCUCUUGCCGAUAGGUGGCGCAGGUUCAACAUGACACUCAGAAUCUGUUGCAGCUCCAUGAUUCAGUGAUUUUGUUCUGCACAUAUGUUUGGGUCUUUGCAUCAGUGACACUGUGAUCCUUUUUGUUGACAAAUAAGAAAAUGGUAAAUGAUCCUAGAAUUUAAUUUGUGACUGCCUCGGUUGCGUUUAAAUCAAAGCCUGAUGCGGCUUCGAAGCUAACAGUGGGUGUGACGCCGUUUAACAUCUAUCUGAAGAGAAGUGUACGUCUUAUAUUUUGUGCCAAAUGUUUUAUUUUUCUUGCUUUGCUUUUUCAUACAGUGUGUGUGUGUGUGUGUAUGUGUGUGCUUGCUCACUUGAGUGAUUUUGAAUAUUUUUCUUUUGUUGGUCUUAAUUUCUUUGACUGAAGAUUUAAGUUUUAGAGCUCAAACUUCAUCUGGUAAUUUCUAAGAAUCGUUUCAACAUUUUGCAUUAUAGAUGGUUAAUUAACAUGUGUCCAUCUGUCCGUCUUUCAGUUUCAAUCUUCAUUUAACAACAAGCAUUUCACUGUGUUUAGUUAUAUUUUUCCCACAUAGAUCAGUAGAUAAUAACAAGUCACUGAAUGUUUGAAGCCAAGCUGUACAUGUUGACCACACUAUACCCUCAACGUUUGGACUUAACCUGUCCUAGUUUUUAUUAUUUCAGAAGGGGAGUUACUAGACAGGAGGCCAUCAGUGUUGAUUUAUUCUCUAAAUAUCAUAUAUUUCUUUUAUUGAUCAUUUAUUGGACCAACACAUUGGUGAACCCAUGAAUCCGGAUCCUACUGAAAUUGGUAAGAUUCUGCACCAGCCCCAUGUGCACCCGUACAGCUUCCGAGCAGACUACUGUAAAUGUACAAACGUCACCUGUACGUACAGCUAAUGUAUAUAUUUAUUGCUCAAGGAGACGGCCACCUCUUGGUCUAUUUGGUUGUAUGGUGCAAUUAUUAUUCUAUAUUUCUCAAGACUUACCUGCUAGCCACUCCUGUUUUUAGUACGAUGUGGUUUGUGGCCUGAACCCCCCUCUCUGUGUGCCUAAAAUUAGCCAAGAAAUGAGUAUGGCAACAUAAGUAAAUGGUGGUUAUUAUGUAAAUAUGGGAAACUAAUGACAAACUAUUUAUUAAAGGUUUAUUGUACAAUGAAA